UCUUCAAUUUUUCUGAGUUUUUAGAGAAAAGUUUCUAUUAGUUUAUUUUUAUUGUAGACGUAUAAUAUUACAAGUUUAAUUUCCCUAGUGUGUCUUUACCUUUUGCCUUGUCUCCCUCACGAGACAAAAAGAGAAAGACAAACACUUUCUGUCUUUCUUUUCUUCCUCUCUCUCUCUUGCUCCGACCCCUUUCAAAAUUUGUAGCUAAUUAUGGCCUUAGAGGCUGUUGUUUACCCACAAGAUCCAUUCUCCUACAUCUCUUACAAAGAUUAUCAGUUUCACGACUUAUACUUUCAACAAGAAGAGGAUCGAGAUCCACUAGAAACCAAGAACAACGUUAAGCUAGGGCAAGAACAAAGACAAGGGUUUGAGAGUAUUUAUUAUAACGGCAACAGCGGAGAUAACAAUGAUGAUUAUAACUACAACGAUCAGAAGGAUCUUCAAUGGCCACGAGACGACCUUCCUUAUGGAUCUAUCGUCGAUACCGAGAACCAGCCUCCAACGUCUGUUUUAGCGACGGGAGAAGGGAGGAGAAAGAGGAGGAGGACGAAGAGUAGCAAGAACAAGGAAGAGAUCGAGAACCAGAGGAUGACUCACAUCGCCGUCGAGAGAAACCGUCGGAAACAAAUGAACGAGUACCUCGCCGUUCUCCGUUCUCUCAUGCCACCUUCUUAUGCUCAAAGGGGAGAUCAAGCGUCAGUAGUUGGCGGAGCAAUUAACUACUUAAAGGAGCUUGAGCAUCAUUUACAAUCAAUGGAUCCUACGGUAAACACCCCUGCCACAAAAGAGGCUGGAGACGGCGCCGGCGACCUGAUGAACACGAUCGCCGCCAGCUCAUCUGGACCGUUCUCAGAUUUCUUCGCAUUUCCUCAAUACUCGAGAAGGCCUUCCUCGUCGUCUGUGGCUGAGGGAACGGCGGAGAUAGAGGUGACGAUGGUGGAGAGCCAUGCGAAUGUGAAGAUACUUGCGAAGAAGAGACCGAAACAGCUUCUUAAACUGGUGGCAUCGAUUCAGAGCCUAAGGCUUACUGUUCUUCAUCUCAAUGUUACCACUCGUGACGACUCCGUCCUCUAUUCCAUCAGUUUAAAGGUUGAAGAAGGGAGCCAAUUGAAUACAGUGGAAGAUAUCGCAGCAGCUGUGAAUCAAAUCCUAAGGAGGAUCGAAGAAGAUUCAUCCUUUAGCUUGUGGGGCUAGCCAACUUGGUGCAAAAGGGUUUACAAAAGCUGAUCGAGAUGCGCGUGAUCGGACACCUUUUGUUAGGCUAUUCGUACGAAAUUUUAAAGAUCUAGGAAUAUAAGCAAUAGAAAGUUCAGAAAAUUCUUUGGAUACAGCCUGUAUUUCGUCGAGCUCCGAGUCCAAUGCAGGUUAAUUUUCCUCCUUUUGAAUGAGUAUAACCAGUUGUUCACAGUCGAUUGAAAGACCAUCUCUCUGUGUCCAAACUUCAGUAUCACUUGCAUUACCCAUAGCAAACCUUCAGCUUCCGCCUGCAGUGGUGAUUUGGUGCGUGUAUAUCUGCCUUUGCUCCAAACAUCAUUAGAAAGUCACCAUCCAUUAACACAAAGCCAAGUCCAGAUAUGUCUCUUUCAUUUAUCCAGGAUGUCUAGCAGGAGCGUUUUUUUCCAGAGGAACAGUUGUGUCUGUUACCUCAACUCCCAUAUCAAUCUCCAUAAACUCGUCUAUACGUUGAGCUAUCCUCCAACACUCUGCUUCAAUUUUAUUCGCUAAUGGGAAAGACAUAAUUCCUAUGACACUAUUAAUGAUUGUUUUUUUUUGUAACACCGGUACGG